AUGGAUAAUGAUCCAGGCUUGGUUACCACCUUACUGCAUCGUUUGUCCACGACGUUCAAGAUUAGGGAUCUGGGCCCACCGAGCUUCUUCUUCGGGAUCGAGACCCUCACGUCUGGCGACUGUUUUCUUCUCUCUCAACGCCGGUAUACGCAAGACAUUCUAUCUUGCUCUAGCAUGACGGAUUGCAAGGCCUUGGCUACACCGGCCUUGGUUACACAACCGGCAACUCCGUCAACCGAUCCGUUCGAAAAUCCCACACAGUACCGUCGGAUUGUUGGGGCUCUUCAGUACCUGACUAUCACCCGUCCUGAUCUUGCCUAUUCGGUUAACAGGUUGUGUCAAUUCAUGCAUUCUCCCACAGAUGAUCAUUGGAGUCUACUUAAGCGGGUACUACGGUAUAUCAAGGGGACUCAAGACUACGGCCUCCGACUCCGCCCGUCAGCAUCGUCUGAUCUGCAUGCCUUCUUUGACUCUGACUGGGCUGGUUGUCCGGUUGAUCGGAAGUCCACCAGUGGGUACGCAGUCUUCCUCGGGGACAACCUGGUUUCUCGCAAGCAGCGCACAGUGGCAAGGUCUUAA